ACGCCGGCCUAUCGAUGUUUUCAGUGUGCCCGCACUCCAACGAUUUCUUGUGGUUGAAAACAAACAAGUAAAUAAAUUAAAUAAUUAUAUAUUUAAGUCAUAUGGCCGGCGGAGCUUAGUCACCGCCGCGGGAAUCUAGUCUGGUGGACAGGACAAGACCACCUCCAACCGGUGUGUACUCCCAAGCAAGCCAUAACCAUGGUGAACAGCCGGAGUCAUCCGGCGGACCAUGGUCCUGGGCCGGGUGCCAGUGGUGGCUCCUCCCGCCUGGCGCUGUGCCUCAUCCACUUCGUGCUGGCCGUCAUCUCCGGCUGGGGACUGAAGCGGAGCACCGGGCGCCAGGCCAUGGCCGCCUUUGGCAUCUACUUUGGCCACAGCCUGCUCUGCCUGCUGCGGCACACGCAUCCCAAUCCGGGUGCAGUGCAGCGGCUGCUGUGCGACAAGUCGAGGCGUUACUCCUGCGUGCUGUUCGUCACCCUGGUGGUGGGCGAGCUGCAGACCGUGAAUCCGGCCACCCGCAUGGCUGACUUCUUCGGCGCCGACUGGGAGCGUCUGGCCUUUGGCCUCUGGAGCUGCGUCCUGGCCCUGGCGAUCACCAGUUUGUGGUUCGGCGGCAGUCGCAGUUCGCUGGGCGCCACCUUCAUCAAGCUGGAUGCCGCCCAGCUGGGCCUCUGUGUGCUGUGGAAUGUCCAGUGCCUGUGGCGCAUCGCCAUGGUCGACGAGCACUGGUGGUCCCUGGGCCUGGCGCUGCUCGUCCUGCUCAACCACUUCAUCCUGUGGCGACUGCCGCUGCACUACAACAUCACCCAGCUGGAGGUGGCCACGGUGGGCAUGUGCUUCAGCACCAUCUUCGCUUUAAAUGCGAUACAGGAGCAACUGGAGGCAGUGGCGAGCUGAGGACGGCCGAGGCCUGGAGCCUUGGUUAGCUAGUUAUAAGCCUUCACUUACUUUCUAUUGACCAUUAGGAGUACGUUGUUGAUCAAUUCUUUUGUAUAAUAAACCCAUUUUCUGGAUUAAAAGACA